AUGGAACGACCGUAUCCGUGUGUCGACAUGUUCGAUUUCAUCAAAGGACAGCAAAAGCUCGACGAAGAGAUGGCUCGUUUCCUAUUCCGGCAAAUUGUUCAAACACUGCAUGAGUGUUCACAGAAACGUGUCCUGCAUCGGGAUUUGAAGGACGAGAAUGUGGUCAUCGAUCUUGUUACCGGUGACACAAAGCUCAUCGAUUUUGGUGCCGCUACCGUACUCAAGAAAUCACACUAUACCGACUUUCAAGGUGAGACCAAUGUGAAUUUAUUUUGA